AUGACCCCGGUGUCUUCUUACAACCCGUCCUUUGACACCCAAGGCGCCGCCUCGCCCUCAUCACAGCAGUAUCUCUCGCAAUAUCCGCCAUAUUUCGCCCCCAUGUUGGCGCAACAGCAACCCAUGGCCAGCGGUCAAAGCUGGGACAGUAAUCUCCAGCUUCUCAGCCCAGCCCGCGUUCCUUACUCUCACAAAACAUCCCCACUGCCUUCCUCAAAUCGAUCCGCACCUUCCGCACCAAUCCAAUCUGCCAGCAAUGGUCAUCGCCGAUCGGACAGUUCCUCGAAGCCGCUUCCCACUCCUGCUCAGACGCCGGUGCAAAACUCCUUCAUGGCGGCUCCUUAUCAAAACUACGAUCCAUCCACCUGGGACACCAACACGACGGAGUCCGAGUCUGCGAUGAGGAAGGCGAUCAUGGAGCAGCAGCAAAAGCAGCAGCAGCAGCAGCAAACAUCACCCACACAGCAACAGUCGCAGCAGGGUGAAUAUUCAUUAGCUCCUUCGGUGUCGACUGUCAGCCACAACUCUCCUGUGACCCCUCAGACCAACUUGGAUGAGUUGGAAGAUCCCAAAACGAUGACCAAUGGUGAGACUCUUGUGUCUGCAACAGAUUUUGAGGAUGACCCUUACUUACAUCUCAACCUUUCAGACUAUGCGAACAACAACGUCGGCAUGGUUGGUAUCCCAAAGCUGAACCGAACCAUGUCGGACAUCUACCAAGAUGAGCUUUUCAACCCGACUCUCAUCACGAACCCCCAGCAAACGGUGAAGCCUGUCAACUCCCACAUGUUGAACCCACGCAGUAUGAUGGCCGACCGAUUGCAGGCCGCGAAUCAGGGCCACUUGUCUGCUCGGUCUGGAUCGCCGGCUCUGGGUAUCAAGCGGGAGCGCUCGCCUUUCCGUCAAACCUCGCCAUUCGCCGGAGAUCUUCAGAUGGCCACUAGCGUGCCCAUGCCUCAAAAUCUGAUGAGUAUGGCUCCAGCCGCUCACCAGACCGAUCUGAAGACCAUGUCUCCCAAGGAUGCAGUUCUGGAUCUGGAUGAGGGGUCGGAUCCCUCCAUGCCUCCCCUCUUCCCUUCGCAGCCGGCCGAUUUCAAUCUGGGCGAUGCUCUUGGUCUACGUCGCGAGAGUUCGGGCAACAUGCGUUCUGCCAUGUCUACAUUGGAUGCUUUCCCUGGCCAGUACACCAACGCACAGCAGCCUCAGUUCAACUUCCAACAGCACCGCCCGCAAGCCAGUCUCUUGCAUCAAACUCCGGAGUUCCCAGCCUCGCUUCCGCGCCUGGAAUCGACAGCGAGUGAUUUGCAUUCGGGCUCCAUGACACCGCAGGCUAAGCUGCCUGUCAAUGAGAGUAUCACUCGACCCAAUAAUACCACUUCGGAUAGCGGCACCUACACCUGCACCUACCAUGGCUGCACUCUGCGGUUUGAGACCCCCGCCAAGCUUCAGCGACACAAGCGCGAGGCCCAUCGCCAAACGACUCCUGGUGGUCACCUGAUCGCCCGAGACGCGUCGCUUCGCAAUUCGCAAGCUGGCCCUCACAAGUGCGAACGGAUCAAUCCAUCUACUGGCAAGCCGUGCAACUCUAUUUUCUCCCGGCCCUACGAUCUGACCCGCCACGAGGAUACCAUCCACAACGCCCGCAAGCAGAAGGUGCGGUGUCAUCUUUGCACCGAAGAGAAGACCUUCAGUCGCAAUGAUGCACUGACCCGACACAUGCGAGUGGUGCACCCCGAAGUGGAUUGGCCCGGCAAGCAACGACGCCGUGGAAGGGAUUGA